GGAUAAGCCCAAACCAGAAAACCUAAAUAAAAUAAAAAAACUUGGUUAUAACUAGGGUUAAGGUAUAUACAGGGUUUCAUUCAUUCUUCUCUUCAGCAGCCGCAGCACUUCAACCAACCGGAUCAAAUGGCUUCCGAGGCGAAAUUGGCUAACCCUAUGAGGGAUAUCAAGGUUCAGAAGCUUGUCCUCAACAUCUCUGUUGGUGAGAGUGGAGAUCGUCUCACCAGAGCUGCCAAGGUGCUAGAGCAACUCAGUGGACAAACCCCAGUGUUCUCCAAAGCAAGGUACACUGUCCGAUCCUUUGGUAUCAGAAGAAAUGAGAAGAUUGCAUGCUAUGUAACUGUUAGAGGUGACAAGGCCAUGCAACUUUUGGAGAGUGGACUGAAGGUGAAGGAGUAUGAACUUUUGAGGAGGAACUUCAGUGACACUGGAUGCUUUGGCUUCGGAAUUCAGGAGCAUAUUGAUCUUGGAAUCAAAUAUGAUCCAUCUACUGGUAUUUAUGGUAUGGACUUCUUUGUUGUUUUGGAGCGUCCUGGUUAUCGCGUUGGUCGUCGCCGUAGAUGCAAAGCCCGUGUCGGAAUCCAACACCGUGUUACCAAGGAUGAUGCGAUGAAAUGGUUCCAAGUGAAGUAUGAGGGAGUUAUCCUUAACAAGUCUCAGCAGAUCUGAGUUAUUUUGUGUUAGGGUACUGAUUUUGCCAUCUAUAGUUUGUUGUCUUUCUGAUACUAGCUUAAAUUCUGUUAAAAUUUUUGAUGGAUUGCUAUGAUAUUUUGAAUUUUCUGUUA